AUCCGAUCAUGGGACACAAACUUGAUUGAGUGCAACUUGGACCAAGAACUCAAACUUUUUGUCUCUCGACACUCUGCAAGAUUCUCUCCUGAAGUCCCAGGACAAAAGAUCCUUCAUCACCGAAGUGACGUCUUGGAAACAGUGGUCCUGAUCAAUCCCUCCGAUGAGGCAGUCAGCACUGAGGUGCGCUUGAUGAUCACUGAUGCCGCCCGACACAAACUGCUCGUGCUGACUGGACAGUGCUUUGAAAAUACCGGAGAGCUCAUUCUUCAGUCUGGCUCUUUUUCCUUCCAGAACUUCAUAGAAAUUUUCACGGAUCAAGAGAUUGGUGAGUUACUGAGCACUACCCAUCCUGCCAACAAAGCCAGUUUAACCCUGUUCUGUCCUGAAGAGGGUGACUGGAAGAACUCCAAUCUUGACAGACACAAUCUCCAAGACUUCAUCAAUAUUAAACUCAACUCAGCUUCUAUAUUGCCAGAAAUGGAAGGACUUUCUGAGUUUACUGAGUAUCUCUCAGAAUCGGUGGAAGUCCCAUCUCCCUUUGAUAUCCUGGAACCUCCCACCUCGGGUGGAUUUCUAAAGCUCUCCAAGCCCUGCUGUUACAUUUUUCCAGGAGGGAGGGGUGAUUCUGCGCUGUUCGCAGUGAAUGGAUUCAAUAUGCUCAUCAAUGGAGGGUCAGAAAGAAAAUCCUGCUUCUGGAAACUUAUCCGACACUUGGACCGAGUGGACUCCAUUCUGCUCACCCACAUUGGGGAUGACAAUUUGCCUGGAAUCAACAGCAUGCUGCAGCGGAAGAUUGCAGAGCUGGAGGAGGAGCAGUCCCAGGGCUCCACCACCAAUAGUGACUGGAUGAAAAACCUCAUCUCCCCUGACUUGGGUGUUGUGUUUCUCAAUGUACCUGAAAAUCUGAAAAACCCAGAGCCCAACAUCAAGAUGAAAAGGAGCAUAGAAGAAGCUUGCUUCACUCUUCAGUACCUAAACAAAUUGUCUAUGAAACCAGAGCCUCUAUUUAGAAGUGUAGGCAACACCAUAGAGCCUGUCAUUCUUUUCCAAAAAAUGGGAGUGGGCAAGCUUGAGAUGUAUGUGCUUAAUCCUGUCAAAAGCAGCAAAGAAAUGCAAUACUUUCUGCAGCAGUGGACUGGCACCAAUAAAGACAAGGCUGAAUUAAUUUUGCCCAGUGGUCAAGAAGUAGAUAUUCCAAUUUCCUACUUAACUUCAGUCUCAUCUUUGAUCGUGUGGCAUCCAGCAAACGCUGCUGAAAAAAUCAUUCGAGUUCUGUUUCCUGGAAACAGCACCCAAUACAAUAUUCUGGAAGGGCUAGAAAAGCUCAAACACUUGGACUUUCUAAAGCAGCCUUUGGCUACCCAAAAGGAUCUCACUGGCCAGGUGCCCACCCCCACCACCGCAAAACAAGUAAAACUGAAGCAGAGGGCCGAUAGCCGAGAAAGUCUAAAGCCAGCUGCAAAAUCACUCCCUACCAAAUCAGUGCGAAAGGAGUCUAAAGAAGAAACCCCUGAUGUCACAAAAGCUAAUCAGGUGGAAAAGCCACCCAAAGUUGAAAGCAAAGAAAAAGUAAUAGUGAAAAAAGACAAGCCCAUAAAAACAGAGACCAAACCAGUGACAGAAAAGGAAGUGGCCAGCAAAGAAGAGCAGCCUUCUGCCAAAGCUGAAGUGGCUGAGAAGCAAGGCACAGAUGUCAAACCCAAAAUCGCCAAAGAGAAGGUGGUGAAGAAGGAAACAAAGCCAAAAUUGGAAGAAAAGAAAGAGGAGAAGGAAAAGCCCAAGAAAGAAGUGGCUAAGAAGGAAGAAAAAACACCUGUCAAGAAGGAAGAAAAACUGAAAAAGGAAGAGUUGAAAAAGGAAGUAAAAAAAGAAAUCAAGAAAGAAGAGAAAAAAGAACUCAAAAAAGAAGUUAAGAAAGAAACACCACUGAAGGAUGCCAAGAAAGAAGUUAAGAAGGAAAUUAAAAAGGACGAAAAGGAACCCAAAAAAGAAAUUAAGAAGCUCUCUAAGGACUCAAAGAAACCAACUACUCCUCUAUCUGAAGCAAAAAAACCAGCUGCUUUAAAACCAAAAGUACCUAAGAAGGAAGAGACUGUCAAGAAAGAGUCUGUUGCUGCUGGGAAGCCAAAGGAGAAGGGGAAAAUUAAAGUCAUUAAAAAAGAAAGCAAGACUUCAGAGGCUGUGGCCAUUGGCACUGUGGUCACCACAGCAGCUGCAGUAGCAGCAGCUGGAAUAGCAGCCACCGGCCCUGCCAAAGAACUUGAAGCCGAGAGGUCCCUUAUGUCAUCCCCUGAGGAUCUAACCAAGGACUUUGAGGAACUAAAGGCUGAAGAGAUUGAUGUAGCCAAGGACAUCAAGCCUCAACUAGAGCUCAUUGAAGAUGAAGAAAAAGUAAAGGAAACAGAGCCAGUUGAAGCCUAUGUCAUCCAGAAGGAGACAGAAGUCAUCAAAGGCUCUGCUGAGUCCCCUGAUGAGGGCAUCACUACCACUGAAGGAGAGGGUGAAUGUGAGCAAACACCUGAAGAAUUGGAGCCAGUUGAGAAGCAGGGGGUAGAUGACAUUGAAAAAUAUGAAGAUGAAGGAGCUGGUUUUGAAGAAUCCUCAGAGACUGGAGACUAUGAAGAAAAGGCAGAAACGGAGGAGGCUGAGGAGCCAGAAGAGGACAGUGAAGAAAAUGUGUGUGUGAGCACCUCUAAGCACAGCCCCAUUGAAGACGAUGAAAGUGCAAAGGCUGAGGCUGAUGUGCACAUCAAGGAGAAGAGGGAGUCUGUGGCCAGUGGGGACGACCGAGCAGAAGAAGACAUGGAUGAGGCAGUUGGGAAAGGAGAAGCUGAAUUAUCUGAGGAGGAAGGUGAAGAGGAGGACAAAGCAGAGGAUGCCAGAGAGGAAGAAUAUGAGCCAGAAAAGGCAGAAGCUGAAGAUUAUGUGAUGGCUGUGGUUGACAAGGCCACAGAGGCUAGUGGCACUGAAGAUCAGUAUGGAUUCCUGGCCACAUCAGCCAAGCAACCUGGAGCCCAGUCUCCUGGCCGAGGACCUGCAUCUUCAAUCCAUGAUGAGACUUUACCUGGAGGCUCCGAGAGUGAGGCCACAGCCUCUGAUGAGGAGAAUCGGGAAGACCAGCCGGAGGAAUUCACCGCCACCUCUGGCUACACUCAGUCCACCAUUGAGAUAUCCAGCGAACCUACUCCAAUGGAUGAGAUGUCUACUCCUCGUGAUGUGAUGAGUGAUGAAACCAACAAUGAAGAGACAGAGUCACCAUCCCAGGAAUUCGUAAACAUCACCAAAUAUGAGUCUUCACUGUAUUCUCAGGAAUACACCAAACCUGGUGUUAUACCAUUCAAUGGCUUAUCUGAUGGGUCAAAAACAGAUGCCACUGAUGGCAAGGAUUACAGUGUUUCAGCCUCCACCAUAUCACCACCUUCAUCUAUGGAAGAAGAUAAAUUCACCAGAUCUGCUCUACGUGAUGCUUAUUGUUCUGAAGAGAAAGAAGUGAAAGCCAGUGCUGCUUUGGAGAUCCAAGAUAAAACCUCAGCAGUUUCAGGUGAAAGACUUAGUCCAGCCAAGAGUCCAUCCCUGAGUCCAUCUCCACCAUCACCUGUAGAGAAGACCCCGCUGGGUGAACGCAGUGUGAAUUUCUCUCUGACACCCAAUGAAAUUCAAGUCUCCACAGAGGCAGAAGCAGUCUCUGUAUCUCCUGAGGUGACCCAAGAAGUAGUUGAAGAACACUGUGCCAGCCCUGAGGAGAAGACUCUGGAAGUGGUAUCACCAUCUCAGUCUGUGACUGGCAGCGCUGGCCACACACCUUACUACCAGUCUCCCACUGAUGAGAAAUCCAGUCACCUCCCAGCAGAAGUCAUUGAAAAACCACAGGCAGUUCCAGUGAGUUUUGAAUUCAGUGAUGCCAAAGAUGAGAAUGAAAGGGCUUCAAUAAGCCCCAUGGAUGAACCUGUGCCUGACUCAGAGUCUCCUAUUGAAAAAGUCCUGUCUCCUUUGCGCAGCCCUCCCUUGAUUGGAUCAGAGUCUGCAUAUGAAAGUUUUCUCAGUGUGGAUGACAAGGCUCCCAGUAGAGGUUCUGAAAGCCCCUUCGAAGGAAAGAAUGGAAAGCAAAGCUUUCCAGAUGAAAUAAGUCCAGUUUCUGAAAUGACUUCCACUGGCCUUUACCAGGACAGACAGGAAGGGAAGAGCACAAACUUCAUACCAAUAAAGGAAGACUUUAGCCUAGAAAAGAAAACUGAUGAUAUGGAAACCAUGAGUUCACAUGCAACACUGGCUUUGGAUGAAAGGAAAUUGGGAGAUGUUUCUCCAACACAAAUAGAUGCCAUUCAGUUUGGAUCAUUUAAAGAAGACACCAAGAUGUCCAUUUCUGAAGGUACUGUCUCUGACAAAUCAGCCACACCUGUUGAUGAGGGCGUAGCAGAAGACACAUACUCUCACAUGGAGGGUGUGGCCUCAGUCUCCACAGCCUCUGUGGCCACAAGCUCAUUUCCAGAGCCAACAACAGAUGAUGUGUCUCCCUCUUUGCAUGCUGAAGUUGGCUCCCCACAUUCCACAGAAGUAGACGACUCCCUCUCUGUAUCUGUUGUGCAAACGCCUACCACUUUCCAGGAAACAGAAAUGUCCCCCUCUAAAGAAGAAUGUCCAAGGCCAAUGUCAAUUUCUCCUCCAGACUUCUCCCCUAAGACUGCCAAAUCCAGGACACCAGUUCAAGAUCACCGAUCUGAGCAAUCCUCAAUGUCUAUUGAAUUUGGCCAGGAAUCUCCUGAGCAUUCCCUUGCUAUGGACUUUAGUCGCCAGUCUCCAGAUCACCCAACUGUGGGUGCAAGUGUGCUGCAUAUCACUGAAAAUGGGCCAACUGAAGUGGACUACAGUCCUUCUGAUCUGCAGGACUCCAGUUUGUCACACAAGAUCCCACCAACGGAGGAGCCGUCCUAUACCCAAGAUAAUGAUCUCUCUGAGCUCAUUUCAGUGUCUCAGGUGGAGGCCUCCCCUUCCACCUCUUCUGCUCAUACCCCUUCUCAGAUAGCUUCUCCUCUUCAAGAAGACACUCUAUCCGAUGUUGCUCCUCCCAGAGAUAUGUCCUUAUAUGCCUCACUCACCUCUGAGAAAGUGCAAAGUCUGGAAAGAGAGAAGCUCUCUCCCAAAUCUGAUAUCUCUCCACUCACUCCACGAGAGUCCUCUCCUUUAUAUUCCCCUGGUUUUUCAGAUUCUACCUCUGCAGUCAAAGAGAAUGCAGCAGCAUGCCACACAUCUUCUCCACCAGUAGAUGCAGCAUCCUCAGAGCCCUAUGGUUUCCGUGCCUCAAUGUUAUUCGACACAGUGCAACAUCAUCUCACCUUGAAUAGAGAUUUGACCACAUCUAGAGUAGAGGAUAGUGGAGGGAAGACACCUGGUGACUUUAGCUAUGCCUAUCAAAAGCCUGAGAAAGCUACCAGGUCCCCAGAUGAAGAAGAAGAUUAUGACUAUGAAUCUUAUGAGAAAUCCAGUCGGACCCCAGAUGUGGGCAGCUAUUACUAUGAGAAGACAGAGAGAACCAUGAAAUCCCCGUGUGACAGUGGCUACUCCUAUGAGACCAUUGAGAAGACCAAGACCCCUGAAGAUGGUGGCUAUGCCUGUGAAAUUACUGAGAAGACCACACGGACUCCUGAAGAAGGUGGGUACUCCUAUGAAAUCAGUGAGAAAACAAUAAGGACCCCUGACGUGAGCGGUUACAGCUAUGAAGUGACUGAAAGGUCUAGGAGGCUCCUGGAUGACAUCAGCAAUGGCUAUGAUGACUCUGAGGAUGGUGGCCACACACUAGGGGACUCUAGUUACUCUUAUGAGACCACUGAGAAAAUUACCAGUUUCCCUGAAUCUGAAAGUUACUCCUAUGAGACAUCUAUGAAAACAACACGAAGCCCUGAUUCUUCCACAUACUGUUACGAGACAAUGGAGAAAAUCACUAAGACUCCCCAGACAUCUACAUAUUCCUACGAGACCUCAGACCGAUGCUACUCUGCAGAAAAGAAGUCCCCUUCAGAGGCCCGCCAGGAGGUGGAUUUAUGUCUUGUGUCCUCCUGUGAAUACAAGCAUCCCAAGACAGAGCUUUCACCCUCCUUCAUCAAUCCCAAUCCUCUGGAGUGGUUUGCCAGUGAAGAACCCACUGAAGAAUCUGAGAAGCCCCUCACUCAGUUAGGGGGAGCUCCACCGCCUCCAGGAGGAAAGCAACAGGGCCGACAGUGUGACGAAACCCCUCCCACCUCAGUCAGUGAGUCAGCCCCAUCCCAGACCGACUCUGAUGUUCCCCCAGAGACUGAAGAGUGCCCUUCCAUUACAGCUGAUGCAAACAUCGACUCUGAAGAUGAGUCAGAAACUAUCCCCACUGAUAAAACGGUCACAUACAAACACAUGGACCCACCUCCGGCCCCCAUGCAAGACCGCAGCCCUUCUCCACGCCAUCCUGAUGUGACCAUGGUGGAUCCAGAGGCCUUAGCCAUUGAGCAGAACCUGGGAAAAGCACUGAAGAAAGACUUGAAAGAAAAGACAAAGACCAAGAAACCAGGUACCAAGACCAAGUCCUCCUCACCUGUCAAAAAGGGAGAUGGGAAGUCCAAGCCCUUAGCAGCUUCACCAAAACCAGGGCCCUUGAAAGAACCUUCAGAUAAAGUGUCCAGAGUGGCUUCUCCUAAGAAGAAAGAAUCUGUAGAAAAAGCAACAAAAUCCACCACCACUCCUGAGGUCAAAGCUGCACGUGGGGAAGAAAAAGAUAAGGAGACCAAGAAUGCUGCCAACGUCUCUAAGUCAGUAAAGACCACAACUCCAGGACUAGGAACCACAAAAACGGCCAAGUCCUCCACUGUGCCUCCAGGCCUCCCUGUGUAUUUGGACCUGUGCUACAUCCCCAACCACAGCAACAGUAAGAAUGUUGAUGUUGAAUUUUUCAAGAGAGUGAGGUCAUCCUACUAUGUGGUGAGUGGGAACGACCCUGCUGCUGAGGAGCCCAGCCGGGCUGUUCUGGAUGCCUUGUUGGAAGGGAAGGCUCAGUGGGGCAGCAACAUGCAGGUGACUCUGAUCCCAACUCAUGACUCAGAAGUGAUGAGGGAAUGGUACCAGGAGACGCAUGAGAAACAGCAAGACCUCAACAUCAUGGUCUUAGCAAGCAGCAGCACGGUGGUUAUGCAAGAUGAAUCCUUCCCUGCAUGCAAGAUAGAACUGUAAAAACAAGGCCAGCCACACCACAGAAUUUGAACUUUGUUUCCAGAAAUUCUUCAAUUUGAAACUACCUUUUCUAAAACAUCAAUUCAUCUGAUUAAGUCGCUGAACAAUUACCUGCCAAAUGCUAUACUGUGUCAUGGUGAUGCAAGUCACUAAUAUUUCUCAGUUUUUGCUGAUUGCUAAGGGAAGUAACAGUAUUCCCAAAAGGGUUCAAGAUACUGCAAAAUUACCUACCCCAGUUCACCUCUGCUGAACAUUUGGAAACCAUGCACUAGCAAGCCCAACUGACUUCUGCUAGGUAGAGACAUUUGUCUUAGAGAGAGAGAAAGAGAGAGAGAGGGAGCAAGGGAGUGAGCGCACAAAGAAUGCAGGAGAGAGAGACAGAGAGAGAGAGAGAGAAAGAGAUAAAGAAUGAGAAAAGAAUGUAAAAGAAGGAGAUACAAUGGUAGAGAGUUCUGGUGAGAUACCCAGAGAAAAGAAAGAGAGCAGGAUGGGGAAAAAGAAGAAAACCAACAGUGAGGUCUGCAUUUUCUCAGGCAGUAGAUAUUCUGUAGUCUACAUAUGCAAAGCUUUCCAUUUUUGUCAGUCUGAGUCAUCAAAAAAGGUCUUACUUUUCUAAAGCAAUUUGGCUAAAAAAACAGCUUGUUAUGAGGGCAUGUGAGAUGUUCAUGCCUCUUUAAGCUCCUUCACUUUGAAGACUGCACACUGACAUGAUGUAGUUGAGUGUAGACUGGACAUGCAAGUGGUACGAGCCCCAUUCAGAACUCUGACUCUGACCACACACGUAAGUUGAUCUAAGGCAUGCUCCCAGCAUUUGUCCACCCACGUGGUCCACACUGAGUUAAUUAACCUGCAUGCAGCAACACCCACGUCCACUCCAAUUAACUGAAGCAAAUACCAAAGCAGUUGGGAGUACAAAGGGUAGACAGUUUGCCUUAGGAAGUGACUUGAAUGUACAAAGAUACUUGAUGCACUUAUUUUUUAAUGUGAGACAGCAAAUUUAUAAAACAUCAGUGUAGGAUUAUAGAUACUCCAGUUAAAGGAGCCCAUGAGUGUGGGGGUACUAGAAGCUGAUUUGAUUGGUCCAACCGUUUGAUACUGAGUCAUGCAUGUUAAAUACCACUUUAGUGCACCUGGCUUCUCAGUCAAACAUGUUGUGCCUUUCAUAGCUUCUUUACUACUGCAAGUUCAAGAUUGAAAUGGCUUCUGUGAUCAGAACUGGGAAAGCAGUGAAUCUUAUGGUGGAAGAGGUUUUUGGCAAGUGUACAGUAUUUACCUCCCUUUGUCUUACAUUGGCUUUUUUAAUUUCCAUUAACUUCAACAAAAUUAUGGGAACAAGUGUACAGCAGAAUUUUUUUUUUUAGCUAUGUGAGAACUUUUCAUAGAUGAACUUUUUAACAAAUGUUUUAAUUUACAGGAAAAUGCAAAGAAAAAUUUCAAGUGAUAGUUUUUUUUUUUUAAGUGUUUCAUAAGACAAAAAAAUGAAUAAUGUUUUUUGAAGUUCUGGCAAGACUGAAGUCUGAUAUUGGAGUAAUAUUUGUUAGAAACCUGUAACUACCAGGAAUAAUGAUACCCCCACCCCUUGGUUCCC